UUCAAGUCAUCUGUGGAAUUGUAAUUUUAGAGCGAACAUGGUUGUACAAGAGGGUGAAUUAGGUGAUCAACAAUUGAUAUCCGCUGAAGAAGAUGGCAAAACUGAAGCAAAAAUAUCCAAUUCCUUAUCAUUAGAAAUAUUUCGUCUAACGAAGGACGCUCAGCAGCAACAUGGGCUUAGACAUGGGGACUACCAGCGUUAUCGUGGGUACUGCUCCCGACGCAUCAGGAGGUUGAGAAAAGUGCUUAAGAUUCCACAGGGGGACAGACGUCAUUACCGCAGGCGUGAUGUAACAGCAACACAUCUUACUGGCUCAAACGCUGAAAACCGAUUGUUGUGCAUACCUCUCCUCCAAGCAGAGCGUGCUUGGGCUCACGCUAUGCAACUCAGACAGGAAGCUAACACCGAGCCAAGGAAGAAGUUCCAUCUUACAUCUCGUUUGAAAAAAGCUUGCACUCAUGCAAAUACCCUCUUGGAAUUAUGCGAGAAGAGUGGGGCAUGCGACGCGCGCACCACACUAGAGGCGGGCGCGUACGCGGCGUGGCUGCAAGGUGUGCUUCUGUUGGAGUUGCGGCAAUGGCGCGCGGCCGCUGAGAGUCUGACACGAGCACAGCUUGUGCUCGAUAACCUGUGCACCGCGCUGCCUGACGAUGAGCGCAUAGUUUAUAAGCAGAAGGUGGACGAGCUAAAGCCGAGUCUCCGUUACUGCGCGUACAACAUCGGCGACGCGUCAGCCGCCGGCGACCUGCUGGCCAUGCGCAGCCAGGGCCUCAUCGAGAACUUGGACACGCUCAUGGCUCAGGCUAAGGAAUCACGUUCAGGCGUGAUGCACGAGAUCGAGUGGCGCGGGCGGCGUGUGACCGUGCGCCCGGAAAAGGUGAGGCUGUUCCUCAUCGGCCUGCAGGACCUGGACAAGGCCGUCGCCACCGCCGCCAACACGCAGGCCAAGAUCGACGUCCUAGAGAACACGCUCAUGGACUGCAAGGACGCCAUCUCCGCCAUAAAAGAAGAGAUCAAGAACGACCCCAAACUGAAGUCCGCGUCCGAGACCCAGGUGUCCGGCAUUAACUAUCUGCUCACCUAUCUGAUGUAUCUCCGUUUGAUCCGGACCAUCGAGAGGAACAACCUGCUAGUCCAGCAGGCGGAGGAGGCGAGGAAAAACAACCAGCAGCUCGACGGAAAGAAAGUCCGUCCUCAGGACCUGACGCGCCUCUACGAGAUCAUCCUCCAGAACUACAUCGAGCUGCAGCAGCUGCCCGGCUUCGAAAACGACCAGGCUUACCAGGAGGAGAUCGAGAUUGAGCUGAAGGCGUACAAGGCAUUCCGGUGCUACUACAUAGCCCAAGUUCUCACCGGUCUCCGGAGGUUCAGGGAGGCCCUGGCUAUGCUAGAGCGCUGCAACACCUACGCCAACGAGGCCAUCCGCAGCAAACUCCAGCAGAAGCUUGUGGACAAGCUGCAGACGCUCGUCAAGGACGUGGAGAGCUGCAAGUUCGAGGUCCACGCCGACUCCGUGCUAGAGGAUGAGGAGGAUGACCCGGAAUUGAAAUACUCCAGCAGCAAGACGUAUAAAGACAAGAAGCCGCUAGUGGACCGCCUGGACGACUACAGAGAGGACACUCAGGUGCUGACCAAGAACCCCAAUAUAUACAAGAUCCCGCCGCCGAUGGAGGCGAUCCCAUGCAAACCGCUCUUCUUCGAUUUGGCGUGCAACUUCAUCGAGUUCCCCAACCUGGACGACAAGACCGGCGCGGGCAAGAAAGAGGCGCCCGGCAGCAUCGCCGGCCUCGUCAAGGGUUUCCUGGGUUGGGGUAACAAGUAGGCUCGGUACUUGUACCAUUGGAAAUUGAUUCUUAGGCACAUGACGGACCUACGUCAUGUGGUCAACUUAUG